GGUCUAAAAUUAUUCGGUAGUCAGCAUGAGAGUUUAUUCUUUUUAUAUUUCGCUAUUUUUUUGCUAUUUUCUUCUGGAUUCAGCGGACAGCAUAGCUUGUCCUUCUGGGGUACCAAAUGGCUGUAAAUGUGACACGAUUCUGGAUGAUCAUAGGGUUAGAUGCAAGGAUAUAGCCACAAUUACUGACGUGUCCUCUUGGCUACCAAAUAAUACGAAUCAACUGGAGCUAGAAAAUUGUGAUAUAAGAGUCUUAAAUCGGGACAGUUUCUCGAAUCUGAGCAAUCUAACUCAUGUGGAAAUAUUCAAACAACAACGUCGCCUUUCCUUUAACGAUAGUUUUGUGUUUCAAGGUUUGAAACGUUUGUUUAAAGUGAACUUGGAUAAUAAUAACAUUGCCUCACUGCCUGCUGGCUUGUUCGCUAACCUUCCGCGUUUGGAUCAAGUUUUCCUGAACAAUAAUCCGUUGAAUACACUGCCUGAUGAUCUGUUUGAAAAUUCAACAAAUGUCCAGAAUUUACAGCUUGGGUAUACAGGAUUGGAUCGUGAUGUAAUCUAUAAGAUCGGUGAAGGACAAUUUGGUAAAAAUUUUCAGAUACUGCUUAUAACUGGCACGCCUAUUGAACAUUUGAAGGAUAGUUUAUUCAGUGGCUUACCAAAACUGAAGACCUUAGGAAUUUUAAAUUGCGGAAUAAAGUCCAUCGGGGCUGACAUACUGAACGGAACUGAGAUUCCAACCAUAACCCUGAAUGGAAACCCAAUCAAAUUCAUAAAUGAGAAUGCUUUUCGAGGUACUAAAAUCACAAUAUUUGAAUGUGUUGGUUGUCAACUUACAUCAAGAGUCACAUUUAAUGGAUUCCUAAAAAAGAUGUCUCUUACUCGAAUCAGCCUACAGAAUAACAAUCUCACUACCAUACCAGAGGAUGCAUUUACAUACCAUAGUGAACCACAGAUAAUUCACCUUGUGAAUAACCCUCUCAACUGUGAUUGCAAUCUGGCUUGGUUACGAUCCUAUGACCCCGAAAAGAAAAUUUUAGGUAGCAAAGCCUCAUGGACAUGUUCUGAGCCAAAAAGUGCUGCUGGGCGAGGUUUUUUGGAUGUUAAACUUGAUGAAUUUUGCUGUGAUAAUAGUAACUCGACCAAAAUUUGUGGUAACAAUGCGUGGGUUGUUUCAGCUCAAUAUGUGUUUACCCUAAUCUUCCAGUUUGUGGUAAUAUUUUGCAUUCCUUUACAUUUUGCUUGACUAUCAGAUUAAGGCCGACACAGACCGGACGCGAAGCGGAUACGCGACGCGAAUUUUGAGUUUUCAGAAGCAUAAACUUCUGGA